GCUUUAGCCGUUCCCCAUCCUAGCCUCUGCUGCAUCUCAUGCAAGCGCAUUAUAUGCAGCUUGACUUCCUAGGCCGAGGAAAGUCAGACAUCGCCGUAGCGCUGGGAGGGAACACCCCUACAUGCCGGCUUCUCGUUUUACAGUAAACACACGUUGCUUCUGGGCUCAAAUUGUUCGCCUGCCUCACUGGAAAGGAUCGUAAGGCUUGUCCUUCUCUCUUCUCUUGCAUUUUCUCCAAAGAGCUGAAGCAGGAUGAUAGCGGCACAGCUUCUGGCCUACUACUUCACUGAACUGAAGGAUGACCAGGUCAAAAAGAUUGACAAAUACUUGUACGCCAUGCGGUUCUCUGACGAGACUCUGCGCGACAUCAUGGCCCGCUUCCGAAGGGAAAUGGAGAACGGACUGGGACGAGACACUAACCCAACAGCUACUGUCAAGAUGCUGCCCACCUUUGUAAGGUCCAUUCCUGAUGGAUCAGAGAAGGGAGAUUUCAUUGCCCUGGAUCUGGGCGGCUCUAAUUUCCGUAUUCUGCGGGUCAAAGUGUCUCAUGAGAAGAAACAGACAGUGCAGAUGGAAAGUCAGAUAUAUGAGACUCCAGAGGACAUCAUUCACGGCAGCGGAUCACGGUUGUUUGACCAUGUUGCAGAAUGUCUGGGAGACUUCAUGGAGAAACAAAAAAUUAAAGACAAGAAGCUUUCCAUGGGUUUCACGUUCUCAUUCCCUUGUGCACACACCAAACUGGAUGAGGCUGUUUUGCUAACAUGGACGAAACGCUUCAAGGCCAGUGGGGUUGAGGGAAUGGAUGUAGUAAAGCUUCUAAAUAAAGCCAUCAAAAAACGUGGGGACUAUGAUGCAGAUAUCAUGGCUGUCGUCAACGACACUGUGGGAACUAUGAUGACCUGUGGCUUUGAUGACCAGCGCUGUGAAGUUGGCAUUAUUAUUGGUACCGGCACUAAUGCAUGUUACAUGGAGGAGCUCAGACACCUUGAUCUGGUGGAGGGAGAUGAAGGGAGGAUGUGUAUUAAUACUGAAUGGGGGGCAUUUGGAGACGACGGCACAUUGGAGGAUAUCCGAACUGAGUUUGACAGGGAGAUUGAUCGUGGGUCCCUCAACCCCGGCAAGCAGUUGUUUGAGAAGAUGGUCAGUGGGAUGUACAUGGGUGAGUUGGUGAGGCUGAUCUUGGUCAAGAUGGCUAAGGAAGGCCUGCUGUUUGAGGGCCGCAUCACCCCAGAGCUGCUUACAAAAGGAAAAAUUGAAACCAAGCAUGUUUCUGCAAUUGAGAAGAGCAAAGAGGGACUUACCAAAGCCAAGGAGAUUUUGACACGCUUGGGUGUAGAGCCAUCUGAAGAUGACUGCAUUGCUGUGCAGCAUGUUUGCGCUAUUGUCUCUUUUCGCUCUGCAAAUCUAAUUGCUGCUACUCUGGGUGCAAUCCUUACACGUCUUAAGGACAAUAAGAACACCCCGCGCCUCCGCACCACAGUGGGCAUCGAUGGCUCCCUCUACAAGAUGCAUCCACAGUAUGCCCGCCGGUUGCACAAAACUGUGCGUCGUCUGGUGCCGGAGUCUGACGUUCGCUUCUUGCUCUCUGAGAGUGGAAGUGGCAAAGGAGCUGCAAUGGUCACUGCUUGGGCUUCCCGGUUGGCCGAUCAGACACGUCAGAUUGCUGAGACUCUGGCAGAGUUCCGCUUGACCAAAGAACAACUGCUGGAGGUAAAAAAGAGAAUGAGAACUGAGAUCCAGAAUGGAUUGAGCAAGAAUACCCAAAGCACAGCCACCGUCAGGAUGUUGCCCACCUAUGUGCGGAGCACCCCGGAUGGAACAGAAAAUGGUGACUUUUUGGCUCUGGAUCUUGGAGGUACAAACUUCAGGGUGCUUUUGGUAAAGAUUCGUAGUGGCAAGAGACGAACUGUGGAGAUGCAUAAUAAAAUCUAUGCCAUUCCCAUCGAAGUAAUGCAAGGCACCGGAGACGAGGUGUGUAGUCAUAUUUGCACCUUGUUAAAAGACUAGACUUACUCAAAAAUC